GUGGUGCGUAGGUGUGAGCAACAUUUUGCAAAAAAUGGGAAAACGUAAUUUGAAAUGUUACCGCGUGUUGGUCGAUAUGACCGCCAGGCUGUGAACAGGAGGCUUCUCGCGUCAUUAUUCGCCGCUACGAAGCUCGUCCACAGUGCCGCUAUAAUGUGCGAGGACUUUGACCAUCACUCAUUGCAGAGAAACAUGUUUGGACAUGGUUUUAGUGUAAGACAAGCCACGCCUACGCCCAGUAUGUUUGAAAAUUUGGACCCCAAAAGCGCGCUGGAGACGUUCAGCGUUUGGCUACGGGCGCAUGAAGAUGCACAGGUAAUGCUGGCAAGUGUGAUCGUGGUGAUCGGAAUCUGGUGGUUCGUGCGCACAAUCCUGUCGUUGAUCAUCAAUCUAAUCUGCCCGCUUUUAGUCGUGGCCUUGGCUGUGAUUUGUGUACCACAACUGCGACGCCCGCUUAUGGGUGAGAAUUAUCCGCUGCUCGCAAACCUCCUGAGAAACAUCCUGCUGAAGUUAGCUGAGAACAUAAGAACCUGACGGUUGUCGAGUACAUAUAAAUGGAUUGCAAUU